AGUAUAUGUGUGCACCACCAUGUGUUUGACCCUUUUCUUAGUGUAGCCUGUGUUUGAUACAGACAUCUCAAUGUGUCAAUAUGCCUUGACUGUGUGAGAUCUGUAAGUGCAAAACUUGGACUCUUUGGAUUUGAAGUGUGUUUUCUUUGUAACUCUGUGGAAUAACUGGGACUGAAGCCAUGGAGGUGGGUGUGAGGAGGUAUUGGCAAGAAUUGUUGGUUCUCCUGCAUUUGACAGCUUGUGUGGCAGGUAUAACAGGGAGAUGCAGUCUGUUUGGAAGACACCACAUUCACACGUUUGAUGGAGUUUUAUACGAGUUCCCUGGAGACUGCAGCUACCUGCUGGCUGGGGACUGCAACAGUCGCUCCUUCACACUGCUGGGUGAUUUUGUCGGGGGCAAAAGAACUGGAGUCACUCUGUUCCUGGGGGACGUAUUUGAGCUACACCUCUCUGUAGAUGGACAGCUUUCACAAGGAGAAAAAAGACUGUCUCUGCCCUAUGCCUCUCACGCUGUGUUUGUGGGCUCAGAGCUUGGCUAUUAUAAACUCUGGAGUGAGGAGUUUGGCUUCACUGUGACCAUUGAUAAUGCUGCCAACAUUGCCUUGACACUGACCAAACACCAUGCAAACCACACCUGUGGCCUUUGUGGCAACUUCAACUCUGUCCCAGCUGAUGAAUACACAGCUCAAGAGGGAUUCCAAACCGAGGACAGUUAUGAUUUUGCAAAUUCCUGGGCGGUGAAGGGGGCUGGUCAGACAUGCAGACGUGUCUCAAAUCCCAGCCACUCCUGUAACAACACAAAGGGGACAUCAGCGAUUCUGUCCAGCUGCAGCGUGUUGCAGACAUCAAGUGUGUUUCUGCACUGUUCCCACCUGGUCUCACCUGAGGCGUUCCUGUUGCUGUGUCAGGAGGAGGCGUGUCACUGUGACAAGAGCGAGACUGAAGACUGUUACUGUCCGAUCCUGCUGGAGUACGCUCGUACAUGCCACGCACAUGGGAUACUUCUUCAUGGCUGGCAACAGGAGGGCCAGUGCUUCCCCAAAUGUCCCAUUGGGAUGCAGUACAGUGAAUGCACCAAGUCCUGCUCUACAACCUGCCACAGUCUCAACAUACAGGAAGUCUGCAAAGAAGAGUGUGUGGAUGGCUGUACAUGCCCUGCUGGUAAAGUGUUGGACGGUAAUCGUUGCGUGGAGGUAUCUCAGUGUUCCUGUGUGCACAUGGGACGACAUUUCCCUCCAGGAUCCAGUAUCUCUCAGGACUGCAACACCUGUGUGUGCCGUCACGGCUCCUGGGAAUGCACCAAUGAAGGCUGCCCUGGUGAGUGCUUGGUGGUGGGCCAGUCACACUUCAAAACCUUCGACAACAAGUUUUUCACCUUCACCGGUCACUGUCAGUAUCUGCUUGCAGAAGACUGCACUGACAGCCAUUUUUCUGUCAUCAUCGAGAACAUACAGUGUGCAGAUGAUCAGGAUGCUGUGUGCACACGCUCAGUUACGCUGAGCCUGCCCCUUCUGGAGAACAUGACAGUGAAGCUGAAGCACGGAGGAGUUGUAUCUGUCAACAGCAUGGAUAUCCAGACUCCAAUGAAUCAUGGUCAUCUCCAUAUCCAGAGAUCUGUUCAGUCUACUGUACGUGUGAAGUUUGGAGAUGACCUUCGUCUGGACUGGGAUGGGCGUGGCCGCGUGCUUUUGAAGCUGGGAUCACAGUGGGCAGGGCGCACUUGUGGUCUCUGCGGAAACUACAAUGGUAACCAAGGUGAUGAUUUCUUGUCUGGGUCUGGUCUGGUUGAGGCAGAACCUCAAGCUUUCGGCCAGUCAUGGAGGAUAAACGGAGACUGUGAAACUGCGCAGAAGCAUGAGAGAGACCCAUGUGCUAUUAACCCCAAAAGAGUGCGUUUUGCAGAAGAGGCAUGUUCAGUGAUGAUGUCAGAGGUUUUUAGUGCCUGCCACUUUCUGGUGAACCCGGGACCGUUCCAGCGGUUCUGUCGUUAUGAUGUGUGUGCAUGCUCGGACGAAGAGUCAUGCCUCUGCUCUGCUUUGUCCGCCUAUGCAGCUGCCUGCGCUGCUAAAGGAGUACUGCUAAACUGGAGGUCUCCCUCGCUCUGUGAGCUUGAGUGUACCGGAGGCCAGGUAUAUGAAGCCUGUGGGAGUGUGUGUGACCGGACAUGCCGUUCCCUGUCUGGGGCUGAGGCCGACUGUGAGGGGGAGAGGGUGUGUGAAGAGGGCUGCUUUUGUCCUGCUGGACAGUACCUGAGCGAUACUGGAGAGUGUGUGACCGCAGAGCUCUGCACCUGCCUGCAUGAUGGACAACUUUACCAGCCUAAUGAUGUCUACGCCGAUCACAACAGCAUCUGCUACUGUGAGAAUGGCUCAAUGCGCUGUAGCUCCCCUGAAGCGAGUACUUUACUGUCUGACCUCUUCUAUGAUGAUGACCUGGCCCCAUCCAGAGAGCGCCGGUCAGCUAAGUGUCCUCCUCCACUGGACCGAUCAGAGUGUAAUGCAGGAGAAAAAGGCCUUGAGUGUGCCAGGACAUGCCAGAACAUGGAUCUGCCCUGCGUCAGCCUCGGCUGUAUCCCAGGCUGCCUCUGCCCACCCGGCACAGUACAUCAUCGCAGAGACUGCAUUGCACUGGAGAAGUGUCCCUGUUACCAUAACAACAGGCCAUAUGCAUCAGGACAGUCCAUCUCUGUGGACUGCAACACAUGUGUAUGCAAGAACAGGAAGUGGCGCUGCACAGAAAAGGCGUGCGAUGGUGUGUGCCGCACAGUGGGGGAGGGGCAUUACAUCAGUUUUGAUGGCCUCAAAUAUUCCUUCCCUGGCCUCUGCCAGUAUGUUCUGGUCCAGGAUAUGUGUAACGGAGAGGAGGGUUCAUUCAGGGUGCUGGUGGAAAAUGAAGCCUGUGGAAUCAUUGGACAUCGCUGUGCAAAAGCAGUCAGAGUCUACUACAUGGGAGGGUUGAUUGUAAUGGAAGAAGGAAAGGUGAAGAUGAAGAAGCCGGUGCUACUUGGCUCCCAGGUGGAGAUUGUGCGGUCUGGUCAAUUUUACACCUUGCUGCUGGGGAAACACAUUUCCCUAAGCUGGGACAGAGGGACUCACCUCCUGGUUCACAUCUCAGCUGCGUACAGGGGGCGAGUGUGUGGUCUGUGUGGUAAUUUUGAUGGGAAUGUGAACAACGACUUGAUGAGCAGCAACAACCAGCUGGAGGUGGACUCCUCACACUUUGGGAACUCCUGGAAGGUUGUUCCCAGCUGUGCAGAUGUAACACAGAUACCUGCUCCGUGUGGUGACAACAUUGUCAAGCUGGUAACAGUGGAGCAGUCCUGUCGUGUGAUCAACGGGCCUCUAUUCAGAGAAUGCAACAGACAGGUGGAUGCAGAGCCAUAUGUAGAGAUGUGUGUAGAGGCUGCAUGCUCUUGCCCAUCAGUGGGCGACUGUGCAUGCUUCUGUGAUGUCAUCGCAGCUUAUGCUCAGGCAUGUUCAGAGAAGGGUGUAUCUAUGAGCUGGAGGUCCAAUGAUCUUUGUCCCGUUAGCUGUGAUGAGCUGAACCCUAGGACAACAGCUGUUGGGGAGGAGUUGUGCCAGUGGAGAUAUAAUACUUGUGGCCCAGCCUGUCCGAUCACUUGCCAGCACCCGGAUCCCCUCCACUGUUCCCUCACAUGUGUGGAAGGAUGCCACGCCUAUUGUCCUCCAGGCCAACUCCUGGAUGAGGUGGCCAUGCGCUGUGUAGAUCCCUCUCAAUGUCAGGUUUGUAUUCAUGAGGGUCAGAGAAUCUCCCAUGGAAACAAGGUCAUCCUGAACCAUGACGACCCUGAGCACUGCAAGAUAUGUCACUGUGACAACAACAGCCUGAGCUGUGAAGUUUGUACCUCUUCCACCUUGUUCACCACACCCACACCAACUCCUGCCUAUCAAACCUUCACUACUCUGCCCUUCACUACGUUGAUGCCAGAGGGUACAUGUGACCGCGCCAUGGAUCUGGCAUUCUUGCUGGAUGGUUCAGAAGCCCUGAGUGAAGCUGAUUUUCAGGCAACCAAAGACUUCAUUUUGGGAAUUAUUGAGCGCUUCCGUAUGGGCUCAGCUCACACUCGAGCUACGGUGCUGCUUUAUCACUCUGGAGUCAAAACAUAUAGUCUGCAGGUUCAGAAGUGGCUGUUUAAGAAGGCUGUGCAUGAGCUGCAUUACACAGGAGGAGACGCAGCCUUCCUGGAUGAGGCUGUCAAGUAUCUCGUCUACAACAUCUAUGACAAGAGCAAGCGUGAGCAUGCUGGCCGAAUCGCCAUCAUCUUGACUGCCAGUGCAAACCCUCGCCAUGUCCGUUCCAUCGUCAGAUUGCUCCGCAGGGAGACCAUCACCACUCUAACAGUAGCACUGGGUCCUGGGGUAAACAUGGGGCAGAUCAAUGAAAUCACAAAGGUCAACCCAGAAAACAGGGCGUAUGUGCUCGGCAGCACAGGUGAGCUGCCUGAUCGCCUGUUAGAGGUGACAGAUUAUCUCUGCACAUUAGGGUUGGAGCCUGAGGGAUUGAAACCCCCAACACCAAAAACUACUCCAGGUAGAGCUCACCAAGUAACCACUAUCGCAACUUCAGCCCCUCGUCUUGAGCCCAACCCCACAGAGCAACUCCCCAACACCCCUACAUCCACUGCACCCUCUAGCCAGUCACCCAUCACCACAUCAUCCCCGUCUCCAGCCACUGAUGUUACAUUCAUCGUGGAGGGCUCUGAUUCAGUCGGCGAGGGCAACUUUAACAAGUCACUCGUCUUCCUGGAGAAAGUUAUCACACAGUUGGCUGAGGAGAAGGAGUCAGUACGUAUCACAGUGAUCCAGUACUCGGUGACUGUCACUGUGGAGAUCAGAAGAUGGGAGCUGAGGCAGCAGAGGACCUUGUUACUGCAAAGGCUAAGGGAGAUUCGUUGGAGAGGUGGAAAGAAGACAAACACAGGCACAGCUGUCACUACAACAGUUCAAGAAAUUGCUACUGUCCGGCCUUCACGCGGCCCUACACCGCCUCAACUGGUCUUCCUAGUGACAGAAAAUCCCCCCACCGACACUGUGACACGUCCACCUUCGACAAACACCCACACACAUGUAUACCCCAUUGGCGUCGGACAGAAAGUACGUGAGAUUGACUUGUUACCAUUCAGCUCCCCUCAACGCCCGAUGAUGGUUGAUGACUACAGUCGUCUGACAACGCUGGUCCACCGUGUAGUAAACAUAACACAGACCACAAUCAGGCCACGCUUUCCUACACUGCCGCCAUUGGUCCUUCCAACACAUGCCAGCCUGCCGCCUUCAGUGCCGUGCAAGAAACCUGUGGAUGUGCUGUUCCUGUUGAAGGCUGGAAAACAAUUGGAGGACAUGAAGACAAUUGUCAGAGCUUUUAUCAACAAUGCUGAUCUAGGGCUGAAUUCUACUUUGGUGAGUGUGGUUCAGUAUGGAGACACAAACACAGCAGAGUUCACCUGGAAGGCAGACCACAGCCAAUCCCGUCUCCUGAAGCUGGUGGACAGCAUACCGAGCAGGACUACCACAGCUGCCCCUGCACUAGGCUCCGCGCUCCAAUUCGCUGUGCAGACCGCAAUCUCACCAGUCAGCGGUGGACGAGUCGGCGUAGCUAAGGCUGUGGUGAUGCUGGUGACUGACAAAUCAGCUGAUGCCGUUCAAGAAGCAGUUAAUGAGGCACUGGCAGCAGGUGUGUCAGUGUUCCCCAUUGGGGUGGGACCAGACUAUGACAGGGAUGAACUUACUUUGCUUGGACACCAUGGCAACCAAGACAACACUCUGCAUUUGAGCAGCAUGGAUCAGUUAAUGAUGUUGCUGACUUUGGACCGAGGUUACAUGGAGAGAAUCUGCAGAGCUGGGCCACCAGGACAGUGUGUUGAUGAUAAUGGAAAUGAAAGAAAGCCGGGUGAGUCAUGGCUACUAGAGGAUGGCUGCCACUCUCUUCUGUGCCACCCAAGUGGAGCUGUGACUGUCCAGAACCACAAAGUCAGCUGUGACAGACUGGAGCCCCCGGCCUGCAGAAACAACAUGCCACCUGUCAAAGUGCGAGAGACCUGUGGCUGCCACUGGGAAUGCCCUUGCAUGUGCAUGGGUAGUUCCACCAAUCACGUGGUGAGGUUUGACAGCUUGGCUCUCAGGCUCGAUGGGGAGGGAUUGUGCUCAUACACUCUUCUCAGUGUCAGCAGAGGCAUCAAUGAAGGGUCAGAGGUCAAACUCCACACUGGACCUUGUCAGGACUCAGCGAAUUACAAUCAGGUCUGCAUGAAAGCUAUGGAGGUGACUCACGGUCCGCAUACACUGCUGCUGAAGGAUGAUAUGACGGCAGUGAUUGAUCGAGAAGAGCUUGCACUGCCUUGGCGGUACGCUGGCCUGGAGCUGGUGCGAUAUGGAGGAGUGAUGCUGCAGCUGAAAUCAGACUACGGCUAUGUUCUAACUUUCACUCCACAGAGCAAUGAGUUUACCAUCACAUUACUCAGUUCUACCACCACCAGCCAGACUGCAGGCCUCUGCGGUGCCUGUGAGGAAGAGAAAUUUAACACACUGUCUUUACGUAAUGGAAACUCCACCACUGACCAGCAGGCCUUUAUCUCGGACUGGACUGUGGCUGCAGACGGUGGCAUGUGUUUGCCGAAGCGGAGGGCGGUGUGUGUGUCUGGAGCACCCAUGGGAUGUCAGGCCCUGCGGUCUGAAGUGUUUGAACCGUGCCACGAUCAUAUUCCUGUCCAGGUGUUCCUCGCCAAGUGUGAGGAGCAGGCAUGUGAGGAGUCAGAUGUGUGUGAGCUCAUUUCUGCUUACGCACGCCUCUGUCGACAGAGAGGUGCGUGUGUGAACUGGAGGAGCCCCCACCUCUGCCCGCUACAGUGUCCCGGCUCCAUGGAGUAUAUGGCAUGUCGGACAGGAUGUGUGGAUGACUGUGGUAGCAUACAGGCGUUGCCAGGCGACUGGUCUGUUGCCAGGGGUAACGAGUCAUCUUGCAUGGACACACCUACUGAGGGCUGUUUCUGUACUGAAGGCAAGGUUUUGCAUCAUGGACAGUGUGUAUCACCAGAGGCUUGUAGGGAGUGUGUCAACCAUAAAGGAGCCAGGUAUCAGUAUAUGCAGAGCUGGGUGCCAGAGGAGAAUCCAUGUUUGAUCUGCAUGUGUUUAGACCAACAACAUAUUAACUGCACUGCCCGGCCGUGCAGUGAUGACAAAGCUCCGGUGUGUGGGCCCUGUGAGAUUCUGCAAGAGAAGAGGGAGUCUAAGUGCUGCCCAGAAUAUGAAUGUGCGUGUGAUCUGGUGAACUGCGACCUGCCUGAAGUGCCCCGCUGUGAGGAUGGUCAGACUUUGGUCUUGAAAAACCCUGGGGAAUGUCAGCCUGUACACGACUGUGUCUGCAAAAAAGAGGAGUGUGUUCCUGAGACUCCCCCACCUUGCAGCGCCCACCGCCUUCUGUCAGUGAAAAAGACAAAGUGCUGUGAUGUGUUUGAAUGCGCAUGCAAUUGCAAAAACUCCACUCACACCUGCACUGCUGGGUAUAUUACUUCUUCUUCUACCAACGACUGUGGCUGCACAGAAACCAGCUGUCUACCAGAUGAGGUGUGUGUGGUUGAUGGCAUUGUUCAUACAGUUGGGAGUGAAUGGGACUCAGGGUGUGAGAAGUGCAGCUGCACUCAGCUGAAGGACAAGGACACAUCACUGCACAUCACUCAGUGUACCCCACCUGUGUGUGAUCGCACAUGUCGACCGGGCUCCUCAUACACUCUGUCAAAAGGUGAAUGUUGUGGGAAGUGUACACCAACCAGAUGUGUGGAGUCAGAGGGAGAAAUGAGGGGAGACACACUGAGGGGGCAAAAACUCAGAGAAGUGGGAGAGGUUUGGCAGUCUCCACAACAUAAAUGUGUGUUACAUCAGUGCUUGAAAGUGAAAGAGGAGGUUUUCAUUUCUGAAAAAAAUGUCAGCUGCCCUGUUAUGGACACCCCUUCCUGCCCCUUGGGAACAGAAUUACGUUGCCACACUCAAGAUUGCUGCCCCAGCUGCUACUGCGCUCCUAUGAAUGCCUGUGUCCUCAACAACACUGUGAUAGGAGCAGGAGAGCGUCUGAUGGUGGAUUUGUGUACACAUUGCGAGUGUACAGUGGAGGACGGUGUUGUAAAAAAAUACAAACUGUCCUGCAGGAGAAUCAGCUGUCCCACGUGCCCCAUGGGAUACACUAUGGAGAAAGAGGAGGAUUCUUGUUGUGGUCGAUGUGUUGCCACAGCAUGCUUUAUGCAAAGGCCAGAUGGAGAGCUGUUCAGUGUGAAGGUGAACACCACUACUGAGGAUGGAUGUAACCAGUAUACCUGUGGUGUUAACAGUAAAGGCGCUCUGGUUCUGCAGACCAGAGUGACCACAUGCCCUCCUUUUGACCACCAAGCUUGCCUGGACCAAGGGGGGAAAGUCAGCCGGAUCGGAACAACCUGCUGUGAGCUGUGUACGGAGCCAGAGUGUCGGAGGACAGUGGGAAUGUUAAAAACCAUCAAAGUGGAUGAUUGCCAAUCAGAGAAUCAAAUAGAAUUGCACUACUGUGAGGGCAAAUGUCGCAGUAAGUCCAUGUACUCCCUGGAGAGAUCUACCGUCGAGCAAGAGUGUGUGUGUUGUGCUGCCGUGGAGACAGAGCCUCUCAGUGUUCCCAUACUUUGUGCCAAUGGCACCAGAAGCAGCCACACUGUCCUGUCUGUCACAGCAUGCAACUGUCUCUCUAAACACUGCACCUGAAGAGAGACAGAGAGCCGGAGAGAGAGAGAGAGAGAUGGGCAGAGACAGAGAGAGUGAAAGAGUCUAAAAAUGCAGAUUGUAUGUGUGCAUACAAGUAACAUGUACCCGAAUAAGACAUAAUUGCACUAUAAUAAAAAAUAAAUCAUAUCUAUAAGCACA